GAAGAUACAUUCCUUUUAUCAUUUGAUUGUUUGGAAUGCAAACAGCCAGUCGAAAUUAUGACAAGCAAAAGAACUAAAGUAUCUACAGCAGCCCAUCAUAAAGGCAGUGAGCCCUUGGAAGAGUCCUCUAAUGAUGGGGAACCUGAAAAAGAAGCCAGUAUGCACACCGCUAAAGUAUCUCACCAAGCUGUCUCAGACGGAGUAACUGACAAUCGAAGUUUAGAAGAGAUUUUGAGUAGCAUCUCUCCUCCCCCACCUCCAGCAAUGACCAAUGAAGCUGGAGCUCCUCGUCUCAUGAUAACUCACAUUGUAAACCAGAACUUCAAAUCUUAUGCUGGGGAGCAAAUUCUAGGACCGUUUCAUAAGCGUUUUUCAUGCAUUAUUGGACCAAAUGGCAGUGGAAAGUCUAAUGUAAUUGAUUCUAUGCUCUUUGUUUUUGGUUAUCGAGCACAAAAAAUAAGAUCCAAAAAACUCUCAGUACUGAUUCAUAAUUCUGAUGAACAUAGUGAUAUCCAGAGUUGCACUGUAGAAGUUCAUUUUCAAAAGAUUGUUGACAAGGAAGGGGAUGAUUAUGAAGUCAUUCCCAGCAGCAAUUUUUGUGUCUCCAGAACGGCCUACAAAGAUAAUUCUUCAGUAUACCAUAUCAGUGGGAAGAAAACAACAUUUAAAGAUGUUGGACUUUUGCUUCGAAGUCAUGGGAUUGAUCUAGACCAUAAUAGGUUCUUGAUUUUGCAGGGGGAGGUUGAACAAAUAGCAAUGAUGAAACCGAAAGGACAGAAUGAGCAUAAUGAAGGCAUGCUUGAGUAUUUAGAAGACAUAAUUGGAUCGGGCCGAUUAAAAGAGACUAUUCAAAUAUUAUGUCGAAGAGUUGAGAUAUUAAAUGAACAGAGGGGUGAGAAGUUGAACAGAGUUAAAAUGGUGGAAAAAGAGAAAGAUGCCUUAGAAGGAGAACGGAACAAAGCACUUGAAUUUCUUUCCUUGGAAAACAAAAUGUUCAAAGAAAAGAAUAAGAUAUAUCAAUACUACAUUUAUGAAUUGCAGAAGCGGAUAACUGAUCUGGAAACACAGAAGGAAAAAAUACAUGAAGACACUAAAGAAGUUAAUGAGAAAAGCAGUAAACUGGCAGAUGAAAUGAAAGAUAAGAAUAAAACUCUGAAAGAAGUUGAAAAGAAACUCAAUAAAAUCACAGCAUUUAUAGAAGAAAAUAAAAAUAAAUUCACAAAGCUAGAUUUGGAAGAUGUUCAAUUAAGAGAAAAGCUAAAACAUGCAAAAAGCAAGGCAAAAAAACUAGAGAAACAGCUUCAGAAGGAUAAAGAAAAGGUUGAAGAUGUGAGAAGUGUUCCUGCUAAUAGUACGGCUACUAUCAAUGAAGCAACAGCUAGGCAAGAAGUUCUGGAAAAGGAAAAGGAAAGGGUAGAGGAAAAACUAAAAGAGGUUAUGGACAGCCUCAAGCAGGAAACUCGAGGAUUGCAGAAAGAGAAAGAGGACAAAGAAAAAGAACUAAUGGAGUUCAGCAAAAUAGUUAAUGAAGCACGUUCAAAUGUAGAUGUGGCCAAGUCAGAACUUGAUCUCUACCUUAGUCGUCAUAAUAUUGCAGUAGCUCAAUUAAAAACAGCAAAAGAAGCUCUUCAGACUGCUUCAGGAACACUGAAGGAGAGGUUACCUGCUAUCAAAGAACUGGAGUUAAAAUUACCUCAAGCUGAACAUGAUCUAAGGAAGAAAGAGAAUGAACUUAACAAACUUGUAAAAGAGGAAGCAGACAUCAAAAAUUAUGUUCGAGACCUACGUCAGAAAGUAGAAGAAGCAAGAAGCUCAUUAUCAAUAAAUAAAAGCAGAGGAAAAGUUCUUGAAGCUUUAAUACAGCAGAAGAAAUCUGGAAACAUUUCUGGAAUAUAUGGAAGACUGGGUGACUUAGGAGCUAUAGAUGAAAAGUAUGAUGUUGCAAUUUCAUCAUCAUGUGGAGCAUUAGAUCACAUAGUUGUCGAUACCAUUGAUACAGCUCAAGUAUGCGUUAAUUUCUUGAAGAAACAAAACAUUGGAGUAGCAACUUUUAUAGGACUUGACAAGAUGGCAGUAUGGGAGAAAAGCAUGGGCAAAAUCCAGACUCCAGAAAACACUCCUCGCCUGUUUGACAUGGUAAAAGUUAAAGAUGAGAAGGUUCGCCAAGCCUUUUAUUUUGCGUUACGUGAUACUUUGGUAGCAAAUAACCUGGAUCAAGCCACCCGAGUUGCAUUCCAAAAAGACAAGAGAUGGAGAGUCGUAACUUUGCAAGGACAAAUUAUUGAACAGUCAGGGACAAUGACUGGAGGUGGUGGAAAAGUAAUGAAGGGCAGAAUGGGAUCCUCUGCUGUAGUUGAAACAUCAGAAGAUGAGGUAAAUGAAAUGGAAUCUCACCUGCAAAAGAAUUCCCAAAAAGCAAUGCAAUAUCAAGAACAGAAAGUGCAGCUUGAGGAAAUGAUAACAAAAUUGCGCCAGAGUGUCAGAGAAAUGAAAAACACAUUAGAAAAGUACAGUGCAAGUAUUCAGAGUUUAUCGGAGCAGGAAGCUCACUUAAAAGUCCAGGUUAAAGAACUUGAAGCAAAUGUCAUUGCUUCUGCUCCAGAUAAAAUCAAGCAAAAAGAAAUGGAGAAAAAAUGUAAUACUUUAAAAGAAGAAUAUGACAGGGUUGCUGCGAAAGCUAGUAAAUUGGAAGCAGAAGUUAAAAGACUACAUAAUCUCAUAAUUGAAAUCAAUAAUAGUAAACUUAAAGCACACCAAGACAAUCUUGAGAAGAUAAACAAGGAAAUAGAUCAGUGUGCUUCUGCUAUUACUAAAGCUCAGGUGGCAAUCAAGACAGCAGAUAGAAAACUGAAAAAAUCGGAGGAUGCUGUUCUUCGUACUGAAAAAGAAAUUGAAGAGAAUAAAAAGAACAUACGAGACUUAACUGAACAGCUGAGUACACUAGAAGAAAGAGCUGCUGAAGUUAUAAAUGACAGCAAAAAUGCUGAAGGGUCCUUACCAGAGAUUCAAGAAAAGCAUCGCUCUGUGCUUCAAGAGAUUAAAACUAUCCAAGAAGAAGAGCAUUUGCUUCAAGAGGCAGCUCUUAGUAUUAGACUUAAAAUUGAACAGCUAGACAGUCAUGUUGCAGAGCAUCAAUCAAAGAUUAAGUAUUGGCAGAAGGAGAUAUCAAAACUAUCGCUGCAUUCUGUGGAAGACAAACAAGUUGAAGAGCUUCCAAUGUUCGGUCAAGAAGAACUCGAGGCUAUUAAAGAUACGGAUAUUAUAACCAAUCAGAUUGCUCUUUUAGAAGCUCAGUGUCAUGAAAUGAAACCAAACUUGGGUGCCAUUGAUGAAUAUAAUAAAAAGGAAGAAUUGUACCUAAAACGUGUGGCAGAGUUGGAUGAAAUUACCACGGAGCGAGACAACUUCAGAGAAGCUUAUGAAGAUCUUAGAAAAAAUAGGCUUAAUGAGUUUAUGGCAGGAUUUAAUGUAAUAACAAACAAGCUAAAGGAAAAUUACCAAAUGCUUACAUUAGGAGGAGAUGCAGAACUAGAGCUUGUAGAUAGUUUGGAUCCUUUCUCUGAAGGAAUCAUGUUCAGUGUUCGGCCACCAAAGAAAAGCUGGAAAAAGAUAUUUAACUUGUCGGGUGGAGAGAAGACACUUAGCUCACUGGCUUUGGUUUUUGCUCUGCAUCAUUACAAACCAACUCCCCUUUACUUCAUGGAUGAAAUUGAUGCAGCCCUUGAUUUUAAAAAUGUAUCCAUUGUAGCAUUUUACAUAUAUGAACAAACGAAAAAUGCACAAUUCAUCAUUAUUUCUCUGCGGAACAACAUGUUUGAAAUUGCAGACAGACUAAUUGGUAUUUACAAAACUUAUAAUACAACAAAAAGUGUUGCAACAAAUCCUAAAGUGAUUGCAUCAAAAGGACAUGCUGAACUUGGUUCUGUAGGAUGUUUCUGAAUGUGGAAAUAGUUUUUUUUAUUUUAACCAGUAGCUUUCUCUAAUGAACAUAUCCGCAAUAUUCAGCUUAACACCAGUUUGUAAAUGGUUUUAAAAUUUAGCAUCUUACUUAGGGUCCUUUAUCCUAUUAAAAACAUGAACCCACUUAAGCUCUGAAGUAAUGUUUAAAAUAGAACUGGGAUCAAAUUAUUGUGUGGUUAACCAUCACAGUUAUCAUUCAGCAGCAGUACACUUUUGGGAGGUAAGAGUGGUUGAUUUUUUAAUAAAGCAUUUUA